AACAAAUAAUCAAUUAUUUGUCUUUCGGUCGGUCGUUGUUUCACACGCUUUACAUUUCGCAAAGUCCUAACUCGAUUACAUUUCUUCCAUAACCGUCCAAUUUUUAACCUCACCAAACCAUGAACUUAAAGUCGCAAUUGGAAGCUCGUCGAAUUAACUUGUUUAGCGUUAGGCGUGUAUUCAAACUAUUCAGAAUGAGUGCUUUCCUGAGGGUUCUGGCAUUUAUAAUUAAUGCGGUGGCCUAUAUCGUCAAUGAAAUAACCAAUCUAAUAAUACCCAGACGUGCCCCGAUCUAUCCGCCAAUAGAAAAUCCCCUAUUGCUGAAAUCGGUGAAUGAGCUGUUGACUGAUCUCAAAGGGAGGAAGAUAACUUCCUAUGAAAUUGUCACCACCUACAUUGCUCGCAUUAAGGAAGUCAAUGCCAGACUUAAUGCCGUCAUUGAAAAUCGUUACAUGGAGGCGAUUAAAGAGGCACGCCAUGCUGACAAUUUAAUAAGUCAAGCCAAAGAUGAGUUCCAACUUUUGAUGCUGUUUAGCCGUUAUCCAUUGUUGGGUAUACCUUUUACCGUUAAGGAAGCGUGUGGUGUAAAAGGCCUCUCAUAUUCUGUGGGCAGUGUGGCCAGAAAAGAUGAAAAAUCUCCCGAAAAUGGCGAUGCUGUUGAACAGAUGAGAGCUGCCGGUGCCAUUCCUCUACUGGUGUCAGCAAAUCCAGAAUUUUGUUUAGCCUUUGAUGGUGAGACAAUAGUUUAUGGCAAGUGUCUAAAUCCCUAUGAUAUGCGGCGCUCAUCUGGCGGCUCCUCAAGUGGAGAGGGUACCCUCAAUGGUGCUGGUGCCUCUACAUUUGGUUUAGCCUCUGACAUUAGUGGCUCUAUACGUUUGCCAUCGCUGUUUUGCGGUGUGUUUGGUCAUAAACCUACCGGUGGCCUGAUUUCAGUUAAGGGUCAUUAUCCCUACAGUACCAAAGAAGAAGAUUUUCCAUAUUACUUACAAAUGGGUCCAAUUACUAGGUUUGCCAAAGAUUUGCCAUUGUUGCUGCAAGUUAUGGCCGGAGAGAAUGCCAAGAAGUUGAAACUGACGGAGGAAAUUGAUUUUCAAAAGCUGAAGAUUUAUUAUAGCUACUCAAUGGGAAAUUUUCUACAUGUUCCGGUAGAUUUUGAAAUCAAAUUAGCUAUAACAAGGGCGGUAAAAUGUUUUGAAAAAGGUGGUAUUGCCACAGAAGAGCUACAUUUGAAAGAAUUCCAAAAUGCCAUUGAAAUAUGCCUUUCAUCAUUGGCCAGCAUCAAAGGACUUCCCAGUAUCGUAACCCAAUCGGUCGAAAACAAACCCAAUAAACUGCAAAUAAUUCAGAAAAUUGCUCAAAGUCUGUUUGGUUUGGUACCCUAUACCACCAUGCCGCUUUUUGUGGAGUUAAUGAUACUUGUUAAUGCAUUUAUUCCCACCAAGGAAUCAGCACGAUGGAAGGAGGAGGUCAAACAGCUACGGACCAAAUUGGGGAACUUACUUGGCACCAACGGUGUUUUAAUCCUACCUACCUAUCAUAAAACUGCCAACUUCUUCAAUGGAUGUUCUUUUCUGAACAUAAGUGGUACCAUUUUUAUGCUACUCUUCAAUGUCUUAGGCUUCCCAGCGACCCAUGUACCCAUGGGAUUGGAUCGCAGAGGAUUACCGGUAGGCUUUCAAGUUGUGGCUGCCCCUUAUAUGGAUAAAUUAUGCCUUCAAGUUGCCGCUGAAAUGGAGGCGGCCUUUGGUGGUUGGGUUCAACCUCAGAAAUAGAAUUUGUAAGAUGUUGUCAAUGGUUUGCAGCUGUGCCGAAUAGAAUUCUAUCGAAUGUCCAUUACAACGGAACUGAUAUAAAAAUAUGAAUAAUAUUAACCUAUUUGGAACAACUCUAGUUUAGUAAAAA